AAGCAACUCUACUGGGUCGGCUCUUACGGCUGGUGACUGGAAGCGAAUAGAAACACGCCUAAAACAGGUGGUAGAAGUUGCUAUACAGUCCAGCCUCCAAAAAGAAGUACAAGCUUUGACUAAAGAUGUUCACCAACUGAUGGCAACUAAUACACUUCUUCAAAGUCAAAUUCGAGGCUACCAAGAAGCAUUUAAGAUAGAGCAGAAGAAGAGGAAGCGGCAGAAGAACCUCUUUCAGAUUCUGGCUGAAGAUAAUAAUGGAAAAGCGGCAGUCUAUUCACCCAAUAAGGUGCGGCAGGCUCGAGAGCUACACCAAGAGAAAGAGGAUGCUAAGGCUCGUGAUACAGCUUCAAAGGCUGAGGAGAAGAUACAGAAGCAACUUGCUAAGGAAGAGAAGGAAAGAAUAGCUGAGUUCAAUCGCUCUGCUAAAGCUGCUAAGCAGAGAGAACAGAAGGAUGCUGAGGAUCUCAAGAAGCGCGAGGCACAGGAAGCACGUGAGGCACGUGAUGCAGAGAAGCAGCUUAAAGAUGAGAGGAAGGUAAUACACCAGAGGCAGAAGGCUCGCCAGGUUGUAUUUACUAUUCCUGAGGAGCCUACAGGCCAGCAGAAUCAUGAGGUAGAGGAGUGGGUAGCGAAAUCAGCCUCUGGCCGGCCUCAGCGUAUCCGGAAUACGCCUAAGAGGUACGAUGACUCUGUGAUUAUGAUAGAAUGAAAGAGCGUCUUCGGUUUAGUCUCC